UUACUACAUAAAUCUAAUUCAGUUUGAAAUAUACGCUUGUUUUGAUUUGCUUAUUUUAAAUGAAAUUGCAAUGAGCAAAGAAUUUAUUAACGUAAAAGUCGCAGCGAAUGCUCGAAGUGAAUUUCGACUCGGCAAAAAUAUUCCCACAUUUGGAUUAUGUCCUGGGUUUUUGCAAGCAAAUAUUGUAAUAAUUCCAAGUCAAUAUGCUGAUUUAUUUUUAGAGUUUUGUAAUUUAAACCCUGGUCCGUGCCCUCUUCUCUAUAAAAGCAAAGUUGGCGAAGUCGGAAUUCCACUGUUCGCCAAAGAAUCAGAUAUUAGAACAGACCUUCCAGAAUAUAAAGUUUAUAAAGAUGGUGCUUUAAUUGAUACCACCAGCUCAUUAGCUGAUUAUAAUUGGAACGAUUUAGUAACAUUUUACUUGGGCUGCAGUUUUAGCUUUGAUGACAAACUUAUAGCAUGUGGAAUUAAACUAAAAAAUCUAGGCAAAAUUGUUGCGAUGUAUGUAUCAAACAUCGACUGUGUGUCUGUUCCACCUUUCUCAACAAAAAUGGUUGUGUCCAUGAGACCCAUUUUAAAAUCACAGCUACAGAUAGCUGUAGAUGCAACCAUAAAUCACGAUUAUUGUCAUGGUGCUCCUAUUCAUAUUGGUUGCCCUAGUGACAUUGGUGUGUAUGAUUUUAAUUCUGGAUUGGGUUCACCUAUUGAAUUAAGUGAAGAUGAAGUACCAGUUUUUUGGGCUUGUGGUGUGACAUCACAAAAAGCUGUUCAACAUGCAAAACUGCCGUUAUCUUUUUCACAUUCUCCUGGGAAAAUGUUUGUAGCUGAUAUGAGAAGUGAUGAUCUUGCUCGUCAUAUUUCUAUUAAAACUUAUCCAAAAGCAAAAGUUGUUUGCCUCGAUGAAAAACUACAGAGGUAUUCUCUGGUUUCUGAUAGGAUAUAUACUUUGCUUGGAGAAAUUGAAAAAUUAGCAUGUGAAGACCUGGGAAAUAGAAAUAUAACUCAGCUGGUUAUUGAAGAAGAUUUUCAUAAGGCAUGCUUAAGUCUUUCUAAAAACUGUCAUUCAGUUGCUAUUAUUUUAGGAUUUCCUCUUUUUGAGUUAAAAUGUCCUUCAGAAGAAAAUGAUGGUAUUGCGGGUGCUGUUUAUAUAGCAAAUGCUUUAUUGAACUCAGGAAAGAAAGUUACAUUUUUUGUUGAUUCGUUUAGCGAAACUCUUAAAAGAUUCUUACUGUCAUCAGUCAUCCAAAAAGAAUUUACGCAAGUUUUAAGCAUUGGAAUGGACUUCACUGAAGACAAUUUUGAUUUUAUAAUAAAUAAAGAAACAGGAAUGCCUUACUACACGCAUAUUAUUGCUAUUGAGAGACCAUCAACUUCAAUACAGGGAGGUUACAGAACAAUGAAAGGGCGUUCCAUAAACUGCAACCCACUGGAUAAACUUUUCAAUCAAGGUAAUAAUCACUCUGACAUUAUCACAAUUGGUAUUGGAGAUGGAGGAAAUGAAGUAGGAAUGGGAAAGGUACAAGACAAAGUCAUUUUAAAUGUUCCUCAUGGAAAUGAAAUAGCAACAAAUGUAUCAUGUGAUUACUUAAUAACAUGCGGAGUUUCAAAUUGGGGAGGUCUUGCUCUUGCAGCAGGUAUGUAUGCAAUUACUCAGUGUCCUGUACAUGAAAGAUUCCGCCGUAAUGGAAUUGGUCAUCAAAAUCAAUUGAAUUCCAAAGAUUUAUUCAUACCUGAUAACAAAAAAGAUGAGCUUCUUCACCGUUCGAUUGCAGAAUGGAACUUUUGUGAUGGAAUAACUGGUUAUGGUGGUUUGACAGUGGACGGGCUUGAUUAUUUUCAAGUACAUUCAGAAAAAUUGAAAACACUUCAUUUAAUUUUGAAAGAAUUUUAAAUUUCAA